AUGCCCGCAUAUGACACCGGCGGAGAUCGCGCGCCCGGCGAUGUUCUCCUGGUACACCAUAACGAGAAUGAGUCUGACACUUUCGUCCGCUUCCCUAUCCCUUCCGACGAUCCAAACGACCCAUUGAACUGGAGUAUUUGGCGCAAGAUCCUGAACUUUGCGCUCGUAUCGGCGCAGACGGUGGCGGUAUUCACGGCCCUGUCCACGCAAACCCGCUUUUGGCAGCAGAUGUCUCCCGAGCUGGGUCUAAGCUUCGAGCAGCUCAACAACGCCCAAUCGGCCCAGCUGGCCGGCCUAGCCAUGGGCUGUGUGCUCUUCAUCCCAUUGACAAAGAAGUAUGGCCGCCGUUCAACAUACGUGGUGUCAACUGCGGUAAUGGCUGCCGUGAGUUGGUGGUCCACAUAUAUGAAAACAGAUGCGGAGCUUUUCCUGACAAAUCUGUUCUACGGCCUGGCGGGUGCGACAAAUGAAACAGUUGUGCAGAUGACUAUCGCAGAUAUUUUCUUUGUCCACCAACGGGGCACCGCUAAUGCCUUCUACAUAACUGGUGUCAUGAUAGGCAGCUUCUUGACUCCAAUGGCAGCUGGCAUUCAAGCAAAAUAUACCGGCUGGAGAGACUCGUACCUCGCUCUAGCAAUAUCGCUCUCGCUACUGUUUGUCGUUUUCUUAUUCACAUACGAAGAGACAAAGUAUGUACCUGUUUUACAAGGCGUCUCUGAAGCGAGUCCUUCAGAGGCACAGCAUCUGGAUGGUGAGGACGAGAAGGACAAGGUCGAUGGCUUAGACGUCUCCCUCCACCAAGCGAACAGCAAUGCUAGAGGAGCCGAGCCCAUUCCUCCGGCCUCUUACCGCCAGCGUCUCCGCUGGAUCACAUACUCCUCGGAGUCGCCCUGGAAGAUUGCGUACUUCCCGGCCUACAUCAUCCUGCUUCCACACGUUCUCUUCAGCGCCGUCCAGUACGCUGCGGGGAUAAGCUGGCUCGUGAUCAUGGCCUCAACCAUCCCCAUCGUCUUCACUCAGCCGCCGUAUAACUUCGACACAGAUGGCAUCGGCCUGAUGAACCUUGGCCCGUUCGUCGGCAACCUGAUCGGCAGCUUUUAUUCCGGGCUAUUGAGCGAUCGCUCCGUGCGCUGGCUUGCGCGGCGCAAUGGUGGUUACUACGAGCCCGAGAUGCGGCUGUAUCUGCUGCUGCCACCUGCUCUAUUCAUGGCAGGGGGCAUUAUUAUGUUCGGGACAACUGCGGACCGGGGCAUGCAUUGGAUCUACCCCUCGAUCGGUGGCGCCUUCUUCGCCUUUGGUCUCGGCGCCAUCGGCGACGCGGCCCUCACUCUCGUCAUCGACGCGUAUCGCCCGCUGACAGCCGAAGCCUUCGUCGGCAUCGCCUUUGUGCGCAAUGCCGUCGGUAUUCCGAUCCCCUUUGUUAUUACCCCGUGGAUGGAGCGCAGCGGUCUCUCGAACAUGUUCAUCGCCGCCGGCAUAAUCUCAUUUGUUAUCAGUAUGUUGUUUGUGCCGCUUAUCAUCUGGGGCAAGAAGAUCAGGAGGGCGCUGGCGCCACGAUAUUAUGAGCUGCUGGAGAAGCAGGGUGGAUUGAUAGCCGCACAAGGCCAAGUGAGUGCAGAAGUAACGGGUUGA